AGUACAACAUGCAACGUGUAAAAAUGCCACUUAAUUAGCAAAGAGGUUUUUUGGAAUCUUAGCAACAAUUUGGUUCACCAUUGAGGUGAAAGCUCUCAAGGACAGGGCCUCUUGAUUUUGUCCCUCUCUGCACAGAUUGCAGUAAUGUGUUGCUGCUGCAGUAAAUGAGCAUCAUGGUUUGUUGUGGGUGUCAUGUUUCUGAGGGAAUUCUGGAAAUGCAGAGCACAACACUCCAGUGGCGUGAACCAAUGAACUUAGUAGGAAAAGAGCAAUGUGUGCCAGCAAAAUUCGAACAUCCAAUAGCAAAAUUGUAUUUUUUCUGCUGCUGAGAAUCCUGAAGUACCUUUCAUUAAGGACAGCUUAGUGGAAAAAAAGCCUUCAAUAACAGUGUCAAUUGCAGUUGCCUUUGCUUGAGUUUCAGUUACUACCACUAUGCUUUAAGAGCGUAGCAGCUUCAGCAUUUGGCAUUUGUUCUGAUUUUGGCAUUUGUUACCUCUUAAGUCUUUGGAAGGACAUAUGCAAGUCCAUCUGGCAGUAACAUAGGAUUGAAGAGAAGAGGCCUUUAGUGAACUCACAGAAGCUCUCUGAUGUGGAAAAUUCUGUCCGGACCUGCGGCAAAGCAACUCCACAAUAAGAAACACCUUCAGAACAAAGAUGAAUAUCGGGAAAGCUUACAGUGCUGCUAACAUCAGCAAUGGAACAGAUCUAGCUAUUGGUUUUACCUCUUCCACAGUAGCUGUCCUUCUAUUUGGGACAAACUUUGUGCCUGUCAAGAAAUUUGAUACUGGUGAUGGCAUGUUCUUCCAGUGGAUUCUCUGUGCCUCCAUAUGGAUAGUUUCUUUGGUGGUCAAUUUGAUCCAGAAUUGCCCCCGGUUUUGGCCUCUGGCUAUGGUUGGAGGUUUUGUGUGGGCUACAGGCAACAUUACAGUUGUCCCUAUUGUUAAAACUAUUGGCUUAGCUCUUGGUCUUUUGAUAUGGGCUUCUUUUAAUUUGUUGACAGGCUGGGCAAGUUCAAGGUUUGGUUGGUUUGGAAUUGACCCGGAAGAGGUAUCAAGACCAAUCUUAAAUUAUAUUGGAGCUGGACUUUCACUUAUAAGUGCGGUCAUAUUUCUUUUUAUAAAAACUGAAGUCCAGAGUUCUUCAACUUCAUUAGAAAGCACACCUUUACUGAGAGAAAGUUCUAUUAAUGUUUCUGAAGAUACCACUGAGGACUCAUGGGUUAACAAACUUUCUCCAGCGAAAAGGAGACUCAUAGGCUGUAGCCUGGCUGUAGUGGCUGGAAUACUCUACGGUUCUAGUUUUGUACCAGUACUUUACAUCAAGGACCAUGGAAGAAGAAAUGAAACUGUAUACACAGGAGCAAGUCAGUUUGAUUUAGAUUAUGUUUUUGCACACUUCAGUGGAAUAUUUCUUACAAGUACCAUCUACUUUUUGAUCUAUUGUGCAGUCAGGAAAAAUAAACCUUGUGUUUAUCCCCAAGCCAUAUUGCCAGGGUUUGUUUCUGGUGUGCUUUGGGCAAUAGCCAAUUGCUGCUGGUUCCUGGCCAAUCACUAUCUCAGUGCUGUCGUGAGCUUUCCAAUAAUUACUGCAGGUCCCGGCCUUGUUGCUGCAAUGUGGGGAGUCCUUGUAUUUAAGGAAAUCAAGGGACUGAAAAACUACGUGUUACUGUCAGUAUCAUUUUGCAUCAUUUUGGCUGGAUCACUUUCCACAGCUUUUUCUAAAGUUUGAAAGGACCUUCUGGAACAGUAGAUGGUGCUAGCGUUUAACACAAGUAGAAAGACCAUGUUGGUAGAUCACAAUACAUAAUAAUUUUCAAAGUGUAUGUCCAACAUUUACAUUAACUUACUUCAGCCAAGUGGAAAAUGAAAACAUUUGGCAUGAAAGAAAAUCUGGAAAUAUUUGUUCCUAUUUUUCUUGGAAUAGUAAGAAAAUCAAAGGACUUUAUUAAUCAAAGCUAAAUUAUUUUAUUGUUACUAAUUUCAUUCAGGUGCUAAACUUCAUGUCAUCAUAAAUUGUGGGUAAAUUGUGAUAGUGGACAGUGAUUUUAAUUUUAGUUUAUAAUACCGUAUGUGUUUGCAAGCUGAUUUGUUUUAUUAAAACAUUUUGUCUUACUGACUUAAAUAUAAGAUACAUCUCAAAAUAUUCCUUAUGAAAUUGUUACACAUGAAGUUAAUAAAGCUUUUCUUUUAUUUAGAAGCA